AUGCUUCGCCAGAGUAGACAUGUUGCCAACCAUGCCUCUGACACUGGCAAGAAGCGUUCACGUACGGAGGUUGCUCGUUUGAGCAGGGUUGGUCAAGCCUGCGAAGAAUGCUCGAAGAGCCACCUCAAGUGUGAAGACGAAAAGCCGUGCCGCAGGUGUCGGCAGAAGGACCUAACUUGUCGCCUGUCGACGACAGCGCAAGAAGAGCUCGAUGCCGCAGAAGAGCUUGACGCCGCUCAAGACUUGCUUGAUCUCUCUAAUAACCUCGACUCACGGUCGCCACGUGCACAGACUUCUCAACCUACCCCAUCACAUCAUCACUCGGAGUCGACAGUGGAGGAAGCCGUCAUGGUUGCACCCCACCAGAUGCCGCAGGCGUGGGACAACAUGUCGGGUAUGGAACCCGAUUUUGCGGAUGUGACGUUGGGUACAACACAAGAUCCAGAGCCACUCCCUCUAUUCAUGCAGAAUAGUACCAUGACUUUCAGCGAAGGGUCUCCAGGUGAUGCCUCCAUACCGGACUUUCUCCGAUAUAUGCCGCCUUUGGAGACUGCUCUCUCAGGUUACGCCACCCCUCGGGGGCUUGUUGAACAUAACUUCAACUGGGACCUUGAUUUCAGUGGCGUUGAUCUUGCUUUAUUUGAUCAGAAUUUCUUCCAAGAAAGCUCUCAACAAAAAUCCUUUCACCAGGACGUCCACCUUGCUGAACAGCAUAUCCAGCACAGACCGUCGGACACUGCUGCUGCAGAUCGCGCGAAAGCAUUUGAUCGAAGCCUUUGGCGCUAUAAUCCAAGGAGCAAGACGAAUCCAGUGACCGCAGGCGAAUCGAACCUAGCAUUUCCCGACGGAGAGAGAGAAGGUCAAUCGCCUGCCCAUAUCCCAUCUCGUAACAUCACAAGCGAGCGACUGUCCUAUACUACGAGAGACAGACUCCUCGCCCUGGUGCUCGAAAGCUCUAGUUAUGAGAACUCCAAACGUAUAGCCGCUGGGUUUCCGUCCCUCGAAUUACUUGAGGGCAUGAUUCAAGUCUUCUUCACUUCGCUCUCCGUCGAUGCCGGAGCGUGUUUCCAUCUUCCAACAUUCUCGCCCACCCGAGUGCAUCCAUUGCUGCUCGCCUGCAUCGUCGCUGCGGGGGCUUUCUCAGCCCCAGAUGAUCUCUUGCAAAAGUUAGGCCUUGCUCUACACGAAGUAGCACGCGUUUCUAUGGCAAAGUCUAUAGAUGAGGACAACAGUUCCAUUCGCGACAUUCAAUACUUACAGAUGCAACUUCUGCUUUGUGAAGUCGGCAUGUGGAGCGGCAUGAGUCGCAAAAUGGAAAUCGCAGAAAGCUUCCUACAGCCUCCAAUCACUAUGCUCCGCCGUGGGGGCUGGUUCAGCCGUUCUAUAUGGAAGAAGAUGUAUCCAAACCCCGAUGAAGAAGGCCCCUCACUGCAGAAGAAAUGGAAGGAGUGGGUCCACCAAGAAUCCUGGCUUCGUCUUGUCUACAGAUAUUUUGAGUUCGAUCGGCAAUCUUCAAUGGCGCUCCUCAAACCACCCCUGAUCUCUUACGCCGAGAUGAAUCUGCCACUGCCUCAUUCUGACGCACUAUGGCAAGCACCAUCAGCUUCGGCAUGGAAAACUACGUACUUGACCACCUUGGGGGCAACAGCGAAGAGACCUACUCUUUUCGACUGUUUGGAAGAUCUCGAAUACCUCAACCUAUUCCCUACAGCCAGCGCAGCCUACUUGUAUAUGAUUUGGGGCAUGAUCUGGGAGUACCGGCAGCUCCGGGCGGUAACUUCGAAGAAGCAAUUUGCGGAUAGCUUACUACUUUCUUCACGUCAGCAAGAGCUGACGUCGCUGUGCGAAGACUUCCGUCUCAAUCACGUCUCCAGUCAUGUCCAAGAGCUUCUUACCGUCGAAAUUAUGCUUAUGCAUCUGAACGCACCAUUAGAGGAAGUCCAAAUAUUCGCCGGCAUUGCAGGUCCAGAUGAAGCUCGGCAUGCCUAUUCUUCAAUUCGUAGUUGGACUUCGACAGCAGUAGCAAGACAGGCAGUUUGGCAUGCAUCACAAGUUAUCAAAAUCUCCGAGGCAUCAUCGCAGGGCAUGGUACAGAACUUUUAUGCCAUGGCAGUCUACCAUGCUGCUCUUGUACUUUGGGCAUAUGGCUUGCUUAAGCGUACAGCUGAUGAUGCGAAUCAUGAGCCUUACCAUGAUCUCCAAGUUCUCAUCCUUGGGGGCACGGAGGAAAGAGAUUUCAAGCGAUUCGUUAAGCUCAACCGAGGAGAACCUGCUAUCCGAGACAACAGCACACAAACGAUUGUGCAACUCCGCGAUGCCGCUCAGGUACUCGGUACGGUGUCAGAACUGUUGCGACGCAAUCAUGGAGCUGUUUGCGGGUCUUGCCCACCACUUGUUGAGGGUCUGGUGCAGUUGAUGGAAGUUCUUCGCUCUGCGUCAAAAUGA